AUGGUGGGUCCUAAUCUCAUGGUAAAAUGCGCGAUAUUAGAUCAAAUUGGUAAGGAGUUGAAACGUCUUUUAUUAGCAGAAGAUCCCAAUUUGCCUUCAUUGGCUUCGUCUAAGGAGGCUGACGUCAUAUUUUCCACUGCAGCACUGCCCAGGAAGAUAAUUCAUCAAAAAUGGCAGCAUUACGUAGUUUACAUGGGAGAUCACUCUUAUCCAAACUCAGGUUCUGUGAUCAGUGCCAACCAUGAACUACUUGCUUCAGUCCUUGGCUGCAGUGUUGAAGGAGCACAAGAGGCAGCAGUGCACCAUUAUACGAAGAGCUUCAGAGGCUUCUCUGCUAUGCUUACGCCAGAACAAGCACGUCUCCUUUCUGAAAGCGAAUCGGUUGUCUCCAUCUUCGAGAGUAGGGAACAUCAUCUCCAUACAACACAUUCUUGGGAAUUUCUAGGAGUCGAUUCUAUUCAUCAAUAUAACAACCUGCCGAUAGACGCCAAGCCUGAUUUGAUUAUCGGAGUCAUCGACAGUGGAAUUUGGCCUGAAUCGGAGAGCUUCAACGAUAGAGGGUUAGGACCUGUGCCCAAGAGAUUUAAGGGGAAGUGUGUCCCUGGACAAAAUUUUACAGUGGUCAACUGCAACAGGUAUUAUUGUGGAUUUGAAUUUUGCRGGAAAAUCAUAGGGGCCCGGUACUACUGGAAAGGAUUUGAAACAGAUAUUGGACCUCUUGAAUCUUUCGGCGUUCCUUUCUUCCAGUCAGCUCGAGAUGAGAAUGGGCAUGGCACACACACUGCUUCUACAGCGGCAGGAUCUGAAGUGAGCAAUGCCAGCUUAUUCGGCAUAGCUGCUGGUGUUGCAAGAGGAGGUGCCCCCACUGCUCGGCUUUCCAUCUACAAGGCUUGUUGGCUUGCCGGGCGUUGCAGUGAUGCAGACCUACUCUCCGCCAUUGAUGAUGCUAUUGAUGAUGGCGUCGAUAUAAUCUCACUCUCAGUGGGCGGGCCAAAUCCUACCUACUUCGUGGACGCAACAGCCAUCGGAGCCUUUCAUGCAUUUAAGAAGGGAAUUCUGUUUUCAGCAUCAGCUGGAAACGAGGGAGUUAGUGAGCCAAUAUCUAACGGGGCUCCUUGGAUCCUCACAGUGACAGCAAGUACUGUGGAUCGAGAAUUCAGAUCGGAUGUGUAUCUCGGAAAUUCCAAAGUUUUAAAGGGAUACGCAUUAAACCCAUUCAAGAUGGAAAGGUAUAAUGGUCUAAUAAAGGCUAGUGAUGCAGCUCUUCCAGGCGUUCCUCCUCUGAAUGCAAGCAUGUGCCAGAACAACACUCUUAAUCGCAAGUUGAUUAAGGGAAAGAUCGUGGUGUGCGUCCUUUCGUCGGAAACAGACACUUCAGGGAAAAGCAUACAACAGGGUGGCGCCAGUGGGAUUAUACUCAUCAAUCAGUUUCCCUGGGAGCUAAAGCUCCAGCUUGCCCUUCCAGCCACUGUGCUUCCUGUAGAUGACGCAAAAGUUCUUAUAGCAUAUUUUGAUACAGAAAAGAACCCAACUGCAAAAAUAUCUCCCACCCAGACUGUUGUCCACACAAGUCCAGCACCAACUGUGGCUAGGUUCUCUACAAGGGGUCCCAAUACCAUAACGCCUGAUAUUAUCAAACCGGACAUCACAGCCCCAGGAGUGCAAAUUUUGGCAGCUUGGCCUUCGAUAUCAAUUGAUGAAACUGGUGGUCGAUCUACUGAUUAUAACAUAAUAUCUGGUACCUCCAUGGCCUGCCCACAUGUUUCAGGAGUUCCUGCUAUUAUAAAAUCUGUUCAUCCUUCAUGGAGUCCUUCCGCCAUAAAAUCAGCAAUUAUGACAACAGCUACGGUACUCGACAAUACUCAAAAACCCAUAUUAGGUAUCACAUCAAAUCAGUCAGUGGCAACAGCAGCAACACCUUUUGAUUAUGGGUCGGGACACAUAAACCCAAUUGCAGCACUUGAUCCUGGACUAGUAUACGAGUUUGAUUCCACUGAUAUCAUCCAAUUCCUUUGUAGUUACGAUGCCACACCUGCACAAUUCUUCAACUUAACAGGAAAGAAAUUUGUUUGCAAAAAACCAUCAAUUCCCUCCUACAAUUUCAACUAUCCUUCAAUUGGAGUGGUAGACAUGAAGGGAAGYGUCUCAGUGCAUCGGACAGUCACUUACUAUGGAAAGGAUCCAACAACAGUUUAUGCCGUAUCUGUAAACAAACCAGAAGGCGUGGACGUUGUGGUCAGACCUAGCAAGCUCAAAUUCGGCAAAGCUGGUGAGAAGAAAUCUUUCAAGGUGGAUUUCAAGCCCUACAAGAAAAGUGGAAAAAGCUUUGUCUUCGGGGACUUAACAUGGAGCAAUGGCAUCCAUAAUGUUAGGAGUCCCAUUGGCGUCAAUGUGCUCUCAGUUUAGCAUUUUUCUGUUAGUAUUAUUUAAGCAGCCUAGCUAUAUCUAAUAUCUAUGUACUCUUGUUCUCUUCUCCUAGUCCUAGAUGGCAUUUCCAAUAAAGGAAGAAACU